GUUUUCAGAGGGUUUUGGAGAGAGAGAGAGAGAGAGAGAGAGAGAGAGAGAGAAUUAUGGGUAGCGUCUGAAUUUCGAAAACACGUUUGUUUUCCGAGAGAGAGAGAGAGAGAGAGAGAGAGAAAUGGGGUAGAUAGAGUUUCGGGUAUGUUUGAGCGUCGUGAUCGAUGGGAAUUCUAAUUCUGAACGUUUUUUAUUUUCUCCGACAAUUCUCCGAUCUUUGAUGAUCAUAAGCAAAUUCGCGGGAAAAGAACGAAGCUUUUUGUAAAUUCGGGCCAAAUAAGUGACCUUGGGUGAUUGGCAGGUGUACAUUUGUUUGGGCUUCUUUUGGACUGUGUAAACACUGUAUAUAGGAAUGCUGGUCUUUUGCUUUUUGUUGAGUUUCUGUUAUGAUCUCUGAGAUAUGGUGUUGCAGAAGAGGUUAUAUUAUGGAUUUGAUGGCUAUCAGGUGCCUCCCAUCCCUCGAGCGACCAGAUCAGAUAGGAGGAGGUGCUCAUUUAGGAAGAAAGUUGAUGACAAUCAAAUGUGUGCGUUUGACUUAUUGGCUACCGUAGCUGGCAAGCUAUUGUUGGAGGAAGAAAGAUCUCCUAGUUCAAGUGAUAGGUUAACUGAAAAAGAACUGAGCCCAACUUUGCAAGUUUCUAUGAAGAAAGAGCAGCAGAAUGAAGAUAAAAUCUUAAGAGUAGAACCUUGUGGGGGACUUGAAUCAAUGAUAACUUCUGACUGUUCGGUGAAUGUUGCUAAAAGCAAGAUUCAAGUUGGAAGCUUCGAGAACAAAGUAGAGUUGGCUUCCUCUGGGUACCAGGAGUUUUUUGAUUGUACAGUAGUGGAUAAAUUUAAGAAACAGAUGAACAUAGAGCUACAAGAUACUGGAAACAUAUCAAAUAUUGCCAAGGCUGAUAUCUGCAGUUUGGAUAAUCUAACACUUAGGGACAGGAAAAACCCUGCUUUAGUUAGUGUAGAAAGUAGCAUGACAAUGCCUUUGGGCACUGAUCACUUUUCUUGUGGUUCUUUCCCUGCAAUUCGGGAGGAUGUAAACUUAGUUAUAAGAGAUGAUGACGAAAACUCUUCUGGGUGCACUCAUCCUAGCAGCACCACAACAAAGUCCUUCAGGGCACCAAGUUGUGUUGGUAACCGAAGACUAAGGAAUGGGUUUGCAUCCAAAUAUUGGAAAGUCACUCCAAAAUUAAAGCGCGAGGAGAAACAUUUUAAUGCUGAUUCUGAAGUAAAGCCUGUCUACCACCAUAGGAAGUUUUGCUACAAAUACCAAAGGUCUCAAAGGGAUUACCCCAUCAAAAAGAGGAAGCUGUAUUAUGACCACAGCUCGGUACCAAAUCCUGAUAGAGGGAUAAGUUGUAAGGGCAUCACCAGCUUCCCGGGGAAGAAGUUUAGCUGCGAUGCUUCUGCUUCAAGUGCAACAAUGUGUGGAGCCUCAGGGAAACCAGUUUGCUUACCAGGUCAAUACAGGACCUUCCAAUCUGAAGAUUCCCAUGUGAAGCUUAGGAUCAAGUCCUUCAAGGUUCCAGAGCUUUUUAUUGAGAUUCCAGAAUCUGCAACUGUUGGUUCACUAAAAAGAACAGUUAUGGAGGCAGUGACUAAAAUACUUGGGGGUGGGCUACGUGUUGGUGUACUUCUUCAGGGGAAGAAGUUAAGAGAUGAUAACAAAACUCUGCUGCAAACUGGAAUAUCUGAUGAUAACAAGCUUGAUGCUCUGAGUUUCUCCCUGGAGCCUAGCGGUUCGCUGGCUCCCCCUCCUCUGCAUCACGAAGAUUCCCUUUUUCCACUCACUUGUGACUCACCUCAGCCUCUAACAAGGUAUUCACCUACGCCUAUUGCAGUUCUGGAUCCUCCAUCGCUGAAUUUGGGAAGCUUUGUUGAAAGUGACCAUGAUUCGGCACCGUCUCCUCCUGACAUGUCAACUGAUAAAAACCUAACAGAUUCUAGAGCAUUGGUGGUUGUUCCAGCAAUGAAUGUUGGGGCAAGUGCUGUGGUUCCUGCGAGGAAAUCUAAUCGAUCUGAGGCUGCGCAGCGCCGAAUUCGUCGACCUUUCUCUGUUUCUGAAGUGGAAGCAUUGGUUCAAGCUGUUGAGAAGCUUGGAACGGGAAGAUUGCGCGAUGUUAAGUUGCGAGCUUUCGAUAAUGCAAAGCAUCGAACUUAUGUUGAUCUGAAGGAUAAGUGGAAAACAUUGGUGCACACGGCGAGAAUAUCGCCCCAGCAAAGGAGAGGUGAGCCGGUGCCCCAAGAGCUCCUGGACCGGGUCCUCAAUGCCCAUGCUCAUUGGGCCAAACAACAAGCCAAGCCGGAGACUUGCCGCCUCCUUCUUUGAAAACACUUCAACAUUAAUGAGAGCUCGCAGAAACUUGCUGAAGAAGCGAUUCUGUUUCAUUUAAUUCUUGUAAGUACUAUGAUUAUGUGAAAAGUAACGAUGAAGGGGGAAACAAGGUGUACGUAAUAGUUAUUUUUAUAGCUCUCGUGGCGAUUCUUUCCUGUUGGGGAAAGAGAUUGGCACUUGUAAAUGUUGGACUGAAUAAGAGAGCUUGCUAACUGAAUUUUUUUUAUGCCAAAAUGGUUGGCCUUGCCGUGUUCAUUAAAUUUGUUCUUUGGGGACUACUGUAUUUUUUGUACUUAUUAUUUUGGGUGGUUGGAAAUAGAAAGAAAUCGGUAUGGGGGCAGAAUUUUCAUCUGUUGUAUAUGCAGAUCUUUUAUGUUUUGUGAAGAAAUUGUAAUCUUCUUUGGAAGGCCUACAUAGUAUUGAGCCAUUUUUGUAUAUAUCAUGAAUUCAAUAAAAUCAAUUGGACUUU